AUGGCUGGACUGGAGAUUGUAGUGGGAACAUACGAAGAGUUUAUCGUGUGUUACAGAGUCGAACCUUUACGUACUGAUGCGGAAAAGCUAUACCUGAAGGAAUCGUUUGCUGCGCAUUUGCAUACUUCGUCGGUGCGUUCUGUAGCUGCUCACGGUAGAUACGUAGCAACCGGCGGUGCCGACGAUCGCAUCUGUCUGUUGGACAUGCGAGAUGGAACGAAAGUGACGGAGUUCCUGCAUCACGAUGGGACUAUCAACUCACUCGUAUUCUCAAAUAAUGGUAGCCACCUGUUGUCCGGCAGUAACGAUGGUAGCAUGGUUGCAGUCAAUAUGUCCAAAUUGGCCGUUGAUAAAACGUGGAAAAGUGCACAUAAGUCGGCAGUGCAGUGCAUUUCCAUUCACCCACAAGGCAAGAUGGCCCUUACUUUGGGUACUGACAUGACGCUCAAAACAUGGGAUCUGAUAACGGGACGAGCACUGUUUACGACCGCGUUGAGCAAAAACAGCAAGUACGGCCGGGUGCUUAGUGACGUGCAGUGGUCACCGGAUGGUGAUCAUUUUGCAUUGCUCGGAAACCGUGUGGCAGAUAUCAUCAGCAUCGACACGACGCGUUCGGUUCGCACACUGCAGUUUGACUCAAAGCCCACCGCCAUGUGUUGGCUUUCAGAUGAGGAAAUUGCGGUUGGUUUGGAAAGUGGAGUUCUCAUCAUGGCAAACAUUCACGAAGAAGAGCAGCAGGAAAAGUUGCAGAUCUACGAUACACGGCUGAAGGCGAUCUCCUGUCUGGGGAAUUACAUCGCGACAGCAUCGAGUGCUGGUGAUGUGUCGCUGUGGCAUCUGGCUGGUGUGAAUUUCACUCAAAUUUGCACGCAGCAGAUCGGAUGUCGUCCCAUCUGCUUGGUACUAAUAAACACUGGUAAACCUGUGCAUCAAGAGAACACUCAGAAUGCACCAUUGCGCGAGUCGGUCGCUGGAACCUCAAAAAAUGAGGAAGUAAGCGAGUCGGCAAGUAGCAUGGCAACAAGGGUAGUAAAGGAGCUUGCUUGGGUGAGCGUAGAAACGGAGGAUCCUGUUCAGUUAGCAGCAGCUAAACGGUUCAAAAAACGACAGCUUGCCGGUACUAAGGACAAGAAAGGUAACGGUCCACAAAAACGUGCAAAAUCGAGUGGAUUUAUUGAGGAACCAGUCGACGAAACGGUGGCACCCAGUAAAGCAUGUUAA